UGUCCCUCUUCUUCACAUGGUCAGAGUCCAGUCCAAGCCCUGGAAAAUAGGUUGAAGGAUGAUUCCAGAUCCUGGAAUUCAAACUGGCUUUUAAACCUGGGAGGAAUUCCUGUAUGUGAUGUGAUGAUGUACCAAAGAUUAAUGUGUGAUGUUGAGGACCUCAACGAAUCCCCAGCCCCAGGCAGUCAGAAACUCAACAGGAGCAGUCGCCUCCAGCAAAAAGAGAAUUUCUAACCGUGCGGUUACUAAAAGCCUGGAAACCCUGGGACGGGGCGAGAGAGAAAAAAGGCGACAAGUUUGGGAAGGGCUGCGACCAGAAAGGGCUCUUCCUCUCCAGCCCCGGCGGAGACAGAUUGGACGGCACGGCCUCCACCCAGCAUUUGGCUGCCGCCCUGGGCCUUCCCGCCUGCUCCAGCGGAUGCGAGCGGUUGUCCAGGGGCGGGGAAGGAGCUAAGGCCGAGCCUGGGAUGGCCGGAGCGCGCCAGCCGCAGAGCAUCUGCGGGGCCGGAAAGAGGUUCCAGCGCGCCCCAGCUCGGGCAGGACGCAGCCGAUUCAACCAGGUUGGAGGUAGUGAUCCAGACAUCAUCUUCUGAUGAACCUGUACUUUCCCAUUGCAGUUCCUUCCAUAUUUCUUCUUGCAACCAAGAAUUUACUAAGUAUUGCAUAAUUUCCAAACUUGCGUGCCGAAGGCAAAGUAGACACGAAUAAUUGAUGUGGAUAAUGAGUCCGCAUCACUUCCCUCUUACCUAGGUAGCUGAGAGACUUCAUGGGAAAAGGCCGUGUGGAGCAGAAUUUAGAUUCAAGCCCGCUAAUUCAUCUGCUGGACUGGCUUUCAGAGGUGCAUUGGCAUCCCUCAUCUCUGCAGAGCCCCACCUGCUUCACACCUACUGUGAAUACUCUUAACUCCCCUCCCCUUCCUGACAAGGAUAACUCUACCAGGAGUUCCUGUUCCUGCCAGCAUUGCUCUCGAGAGAUCCAAGAUUUUUCAACGCCUGUAGGUUUAAGAGAAGGUGGCAAAGGCAACCAGGGUCCUGCAAGAAGUUUAAUUUCAUCCUCCUUCUGACAGUGAACCAGCACAGCACACAAUAAGGAACUUGUCCUGUUGUUUGAAGAUACAAUGUGAAACUGUCUUGGGAUUAUUCUAUUUCUUGUGUGCUGUUUAGACUUCUUGCUGCCAGAAAUACAACAGAAUGUCUCAGGCCCAUGCAGCAAUCUUAACUGAUUAUCCUGCGAUUGCCAACCAUAAAGGAGAUGUCUCACCUGCACGUAGCUUAUCUGCAUGGCCGGGCAAGUUGCUAGACCCUGUGGAGGAGACUUCUGAGGGUACUACUUCACAGAAGAAAGAAAGAUUGUGUGCUCUGCAUCAAGAGGAAGAGAACAACCAGGAGCCUGAAAGCAAAGACAUGUCCUAUGGCCCUUCCUGUCUUCAGGAUUCUUUUCAUUCAAAUUUUAGUUUCAUCCAGCUCUCACUAAAUUCAGCCUCUGAAGCACGUGGUAUUGCAGGUGCAUCAGGAGGUAGGGAACUUAAAGAAACUGUGCAACUAUGUGGAGUAGAGAAAACAGAAAGUAUUAAUGUCCACGUACCUGGAGAAGGCCUAAGAACUUCACAAACAGAACUGUGGGCUUCAUAUAGCUCUCGGUGUGAUGAAGUUUGCACAUGUCCCUGGGAAGCUGCAGAGGAUGACAGCUUGCAGGACGGUGGGAGGCUCUCACCUUUCCAUGCAAAUAAUGCAUUUUCCUGUUCCAUGGAUUCUUUAGAGGCAACAUCUGCUGAUUCUUCUGUGACUUCAGGCUAUGAGAGUUGUGGCAUUGCUAGUGACCACAGUUGGGAUUUUCUGAUGAAGGAGUAUGAACCAGUAUUACAGGAAUGUUUGAUGGGCAAUCAACGUUUAAUAAAGAUAAAAUCCUUAAUGAGAAAACUUCAGAAGCUUCAGGAGAAAGCAGUAGCUGAGGAUGACUAUGAGAAAGGUAUGUUUCUGACAACCAGUUGCUGUUAUAAGUUGUUGUGGGCAGGCGAAGACCAGGAUUCACCUCAUGGCUCAGGCUGGUUUACAAUAAUUUGUUAUUUGCACAACAGUUAUGCAAGGUAGGUUAAAGAAGAAAAUGAUUUGCCUAUUCCAGUGUGACCUCAGUCUGAAUUCUCCAUGCCUCAGAAGUAAGAUCCUUAGUGUGUGAAAAACGUUUUUUUAAUCAUAUCAAAUUUAUUCCAUCUUACAUGCACACGUCUAUAGUGGACUUGAAUUAAUUAAACUAGUUUUGGGAUUAAGAGCCAGUAAGGGUCAGGGUAGAUGGGGGACCUUUUACUUGCCCAUGAUUUCUGUGGUCCAAAUCACCGUCUUCCUAUAUGGCCUUUAUUUUAAAAAGCAUGUGUAGGUUCUGCAUGUGCUAAUCACAGUAUGACAGCUGAAGGUAGUACCUAAAGGCACAUCUGCAAUUUACAGUGGGACAAUCUGGCAGUGGGAGAGACACGAGGAAAGGCUGACAUCCAUUUCUACCCUCAGAAAAUAGUUGCUGUCCUGUUCUGGCAGUGAGACAAUCUGGCAGUGUGGAUAAGCUGUGAGUCUCAUGCAAGCCUAAAGGCUACU